AUGUCUAGUCCUCCUUCGCCUGCGUUGCCGUCGACACCUUCGACGUCGUCACUCUUGUUCUUGGGCGCCGGAGUGGUCGGGUUGUGCGCGUCGGCUCUUGCUCUUGGCCUUGUCUUGCGCCGGCGCAGGUCUCUUGACGAUGACGAUGAAGAAGAGGACGAAGAGGAAGAAGAGGACGAGGAAGACCACAAGGCCGACCAGUCCCUCGUCCUCUCCAGGCUCACCCAGCGGGGUCCCGCCGGCCGCCUGUUCAGAGAGAGCUUCAGGCGCUCGCGCGGUGCCGCUGGCACGGUCGUGCGGCUCUUUCUCUCCAUCGACCCCUCGGAGGCCGCUUCGUCGGCCCACCAGGCUGGCUUCCCGUCGCCCGACCAAAUGGUGGUGAGUGCGAUGUGCUUCCUGUCCCUGGCCAACGAAGACCCGCCAGCGGAGGUGGUCGAUGCCAUGGCGACGCCGCAGGUGAUCGCCCACGCCACGGCCAUCCUGGCCAGCGACGCCCGUCGCGGGUCUCAGGAGUGCGACACGCUGGUGGCCUUCCUGUACCACAUCACGACCUACUACCCGAGCGCGGCGCAGGUGGUCUUGGCGGACCCGCGACUGCUGCCGGUUGUGUGCGGCUGCCUGCUCGACGCCACCGCAGACACGCCGCCAGACUACGUGGCACGUCUCUCGUCCCUGGCGGUGUCCAGUAUCUUGUCGAAGUUUGAAGAGUUGGUCGGAGGAGGGCUGGGAGACCACCUGUUGGCUCUCAUCACGUACCACCACAUGCAGCUGGAGCUCAUGUACCUGAGCGAUUUGGUGGCUCUGCUUGGCUGCCUCCUCCGAAUCAUCGCGGAUCUGCCGCAGUACAGGAGGCUGCUCAGCCGAGAACUGGCCGGCGUCGCUGCCCGGCUCGUCCACCGGGCUCUAACGAGCGGUGAGGCUUUGCAGCUGGUGGGCGGGAUCACCGCCCGCGUCACCGCCUUGCUUGUAGGGCGAGGCAAAGCCUUUCUUCCUAUAUUCCACCAAUUCCAGGGAUUCUUCCUUGAGCCAGUCAGUCCAGUGAGUGGUGAAGCAGCCACCACCACGGGACUGGAUCUGCUGCUGCAGGGGCUCGACGCGCCAGUCCCCGCCUGCGUGCUUGAUCGGCUGGUCGAGAUACUCGCCCGUCUCGCUGAUGGCAAUGAUGAGGUGCGGGAAGCGGUGGUGAGCAACGAGCGGGCCAUGAGCACGCUGAGCAGUGCUGAAUUCAAGGCCGCUGUGGGUCCCCAUGCGGAGGAGUUUCUCCUACUCCUGUCCCUUCGCGGGGAGGCCCAUCUCAGUUCAGACAGCGCCUAUGGCCAACUCGCCACCUGA